GCCCAAGCGCCGUUCGCGCACCUCCCCGGGCGCGGGUCGCGCCGCCUGCCCCCCGAGCGCCGCGGCGGUGGGCACAGCGGGCGCCCUGCGGCGGCCCCCGGCGGCUCCUGAUGGACGCGCGGGCUGCUGAGGGGCACAAGGCCGGGUGCAGCUGCAGCCAAUGCGGCUGUUGGCAGCUGUCCGAGCAGCACGUGCUGGAGCUGCGGCGGGCGCUGCAGGAGCAGCAGAGCGCCGUGCGGCAGCUGCUUGCGGACUGGACGGAGCAGCUGGAGCGCCGCACGCCGUCCACCGAGAGGGACGGGGCGCGGGCCGCCGCGGUCGACGCCAUGCCGCGGAUCCUGGAGGCCGAAGGUGCUUCCGACCAAGGCCUACGUUUCUCCGAGGGGCCGCCAUCGACAGUCGACAGCAACCUACCCUCCAUGGUCGACGAGGCCGGCGAGGCUGAGGCGGCUCCGACCGUGCUAGCGCAGGGCCGCCAAACGAGCCCUCCGCAGAACGACGCCGGGGACCAGGGCAGGGGCAGCACGAAGGACGGAGCCAGCUCCACAGGUCGGACGACCCAAAAGGGGGCGUUGAAGGUUUUCCCGGGGUCCGACGAGAUGUCCGACGAGUCCGACGAGAUGAAUUUAAGCAACGUUCUGGAGGAUUUCCGCAGGCACCUUGGGAAUAUGGGCAAGGCGUUCGAUAGGACGAUCACCAACGUGACCGGCAGGGGAGUCUCCAAGGGGAGCAGCAACACGAGAGACAGACUCGGCCGCAUCGUGCACAGCAUCAGGUUCAGGGCGCUCACGACGUUCGUGAUCUUGCUGAACGCGUUCAUGAUCGGCUAUGAGGUGGACGAGUCGUUGCAGCGGGGGUACAGGCACAGCGAGUCAGUUCACGCGGUCGAGGUCGAGAGCCAGAAAGUGCACUGGAAAGCCCUUGAGUUCUGCUUCGUCGUGUACUUUGCAGUGGAACUCCUCUUGCGCUGCGCGGCGGAGCGCCUGAUGUUCCUCUUCGGGAAAGAGAAGAUGUGGAACCUGUUUGACACGUUCCUCGUGUUGUCGUCCCUCGUUGGGAUCGCCAUGUCUGAAGGUGGGUACACCGACUUCAGCUUUGCCAGGAUCCUGCGCCUCAUCAGGAUCUCGAGGGUUCUCCGCAUUCUGCGCGCGAUGCGCUUCUCGGAGAGUCUCCAAGUAAUGGUGUUCUCGAUCAUGUCAUCGCUGUUGUCUCUGUUCUGGGUCCUGUGCCUGAUGUUCUUCGUCAUCUACUUCUUCUCAAUUUUGUUCCUCACGGCAAUCAUUGACGCAAUCGCGGCCAAUCCAGCGCUUGAUGUAGACAGCUUGAAACCGUUCUACACGUCACUGGUGGAAACAGUCUUGUACAUGUUCAUGAGCAUCAGUGGAGGAAUCGAUUGGGAGACGAUGGCAGGACCAUUGAGGGAGUUGGACUCCGCGUACGUAGUCGUUUUCGUAGGGUAUGUGUUCUUCAUGACGUUUGGUGUCCUGAACGUAGUGGUCGGUAUAUUCGUCGAGAACGCCAAACAAUCACAGGAGAAGAACAGGGACAUAGUCACUAAGACCGGCCUUAAGCAGGAGAGGGAGAACAUCAAGCGAAUGCGAGAAAUAUUCAUGGAAGCAGACAAGGAUAAUGAUGCAACGUUAUCUUGGGAGGAGUUCCACGAAUACCUCCAGGACAGCGAGGUCGCCACUUUUUUUGGAGCGCUCGGACUGGACGUGAGUGUUGCCCGAGCCCUGUUUGUGUUGUUGGAUGUGGACGAUUCGAACGCUGUGAACAUCGACGAGUUUGUCCAAGGCUGUCUUCGCUUGAAGGGCAGCGCACGUAGCAUUGAUGUGAACAUGCUGCUGUACGAAAGCGAGAAGCUGCACCACCAGCUGUUGGAGUUCAUGGGGUCGAUGGAGAACAAGUUCUCGCAGAUUUCGCGCAUACUGAAGCUGCCUCAAGGUGAGCUUGCACUGGCCUUAAACCCCACUAGAAAGAGCAGAUCUCCGAGAUUGGCAAGCAUACUUCUGACACCUGAAAUGGGGAGUAGUUUAAGCUUGCCUGGCUCCGCCGAUAUGAGCGCUUGAUAUUAUUGUGGGAGUUUCUCCACAGUUUCGAUGGCGUAACAAGCAGCACAUGGCGGAGCCCAUCAUUCCCUAAAAAGGGUAGAUGAGAGCAGCUUGGGCGGAAAAUCGGUAUUGGUUCUCCGGCGGCUCCAUGCUAGCAAGCCCCCAAAGGAGGCCUUAGCUGGACUGGCAAGAAAAGGCUGGGAGAGAACCUCAGUGGAGCGUCCUUCGUUCUCUGCCUUCUCC